CUCCGGUCCGGGCGUCAGGAGGGGGAGAAGUAAGGAGAUGGCCGACUAGGAGGCAGUGUUACCUUUGCUACUUCAUUGGCGAGAUUCUUAUUUUACAGCAUAUUUGAAGUGAGAAGAGGACGUUUGAAUAUUUCGCUCCUCUUCCACAAUGGCAGAGCAAAACAGCAACGUCAGAUACCAAGAGCUGGUGAAUGAGGAGGAGCCAGCUCAGUCAUCCCAGGAGGGUCCUGCCCAGGAUGCACCACCACCCUACAGCAGCAUUGCUGCAGCAAAUGCAGCUUUCUUUGAAUACAAAGAAGAUGGAGGAAGAUUUCCCAACCCUCCAUCCUACAGUGUUGCCACCACUUUGCCCUCCUAUGAUGAAGCUGAGAGAAGCAAAGAAGAGGCAGCCAUCCCCCUUGUUACUGGAAGAGUCACAGAGGACGACUUUGUGGCCAGAGAUGACUUUGAAGAUGCCGACCAGCUUCGAAUAGGAAAUGACGGCAUCUUCAUGCUCACUUUCUUCAUGGCAUUCCUCUUCAACUGGAUCGGCUUCUUCUUGUCGUUCUGUUUGACCACAUCAGCCGCCGGCCGGUACGGGGCCAUCUCUGGUUUUGGCCUGUCCCUUAUCAAAUGGGUUCUUAUUGUCAGGUUUUCGACCUACUUCCCGGGUUACUUUGAUGGGCAGUACUGGUUGUGGUGGGUGUUCCUGGCCCUGGGCUUCAUGCUGUUCAUCAGAGGCUUUGUUAACUACUCUAGAGUGCGUAAACUGGCUGAUCCCACCUAUGCCACUCUUCCCCGAACAAGGGUACUCUUCAUCUAUUAAAGGAUGUUUGGAUGUGGAUGAACUGGACACGACCAACACAAGCAGCGACUCUGCGAAGAGUUUCAAAUCUGAAACGAAGAAUACUUAACAAGAAAUCGGCCAGAUGAGUCAUAGAUAAAGACAUUAAAAUAUUCAGGAAUUCUAUCACGUGUUUUAUUUUGUUUUGGAACUUUAUUAAUGGAAAACGGUUAACAGAAAUAGUCCCUUAAUGUACUCAUUAGUGGCGAAUGUUAAGUGCUAUUUACAUCUGUCUGUAAUGUAUGAGUAAUGCCUUAUAUCAUUUGGUGGUAGCGUACGAGCAUGCAGCUGCCCCUCAAUAAAUAGGGAGAGUCUCAUGUUGGCGACACUUGAAGCCAACAGGUAUUAAUUAAUAAAACACUCUGUAGACUUGCCAUAGCAUGCAACACUCUUUGUAAUCUGCACUAAUCUCACUUCAUGGUUUUCUUGUGACUAUUUUUGGCUGUUUUUAGGUACCACAUACACUUACAACGCUUUUAAUAGGCUGUAAAUGCUGAUGAGCACAUAUUUCACUCACCUGUUGGCUUUAAGUAGUGUUGCCCUUGUGUUUAGCCAGGAGGGGGCAGUGUUGUUCCUGCUUCUUAAGGUGUUAGAAACGAUCCAUUGUGGGCAUCGUCAUAAUACAUUGUACAUGCUUGUGAUUCAAACACGGUGUCAGUGGAGUGUGCAAGAAUUGCAUCUGUAUGUCAGCAGUUAUGAUUUUUGCCUGUUCAAUGUUUUGUUGUACAUUAAAUCAGGUAAAACGAUCCACCCUGGAGCUAGAAUUUGGUUUACAAAUAUGAUCUUGGAUGGUUGAGUCUGGCCACAGAUGUCAGAUUUCAGACCCCGGAGCAGCUCAGUUGACAGUAAACGGACUUCAUUUCUUCUGUGGACGUGAGAGCACAUUUUCUAGUUCAGGUCUUUUUGAAAAAGCUAAUUUAGGGUUUGACCUUUUCUGACUCUCUUCAGUGAGUCAAUGGAGUAGAUUUCUCAUUCACUUUCAACAGAAAAGCUCUGUGAUUAUAGCAAAGAGGUUUGGAUUUCAGCUAGUAAUGAUCUCACUCGGAUUUUUCAUCAAAGAGCAUAUAAAUAACUCAAAUUCCAUUUCCAGGUGGGUUUUUUGCCUUAAGAUUUAAUUGACAGAUGGGGAUGAGAAGUCUGUUUCUUUCUUCUAUUUUUGUUUUGAAACUGGUUCAGAAGGCAGAAGAUGUUAGCUAUGGUGUGGGUAUUCAAACUAUAUCAAAGAAUGUUGUAUGCAGGUGCACUUUUAGGUACAGAACCAAUAAAACCCAGAGGACGUUCCUGUCGUAGUUUGAAGCCCCGGACAUACUCAACAAGUAACGAAUGACGCAGUGGUGCAAGAUUGUGUUUCUGUUUUAUACUGGGGAGGAAACAGCAUGGCAGUUUUUUUUUAGAAGCAGCCACAGUUUUCGAUGGAAAGAUGGACUUCUGUUUGGUCCAGCAAACUGAACAGUUGGCGUCAUCAGUUAACUUCAUACUUUUGCCCAUUCUGCUUGUUUCUAUGUGAUGUAGAGCUGCAACCUUCGGGGUUUUGUUGAUAUGGAACUGUACAGAAAACGUUUAGUGUUAAAUAAAUGUCACUUUUAAUGCGUCA